GUAUUUGGCCUUCUACUCUGCGAUACGGUUGAGCCGACUUGUAUGGGUGGUCCUACCUGCAGUUAUCAUAUACACCAUCGUCAUCGCCUUAUCGUAUAUACCUGCAAUGGAUGAUGGUGUGGGCAUGGACGUUGAGUUCAUUGUUAGUCGGGCUGU